AUAGUAAUUUAUAUAAAUUACUAUGUUCGAGCUCGGCUCGAUUAAUUUUUCGAACUCGGUUCGAGUUCGAAAGCUCGUUAAGCUCGAUUCGUUAUGGUCAAAACCAUGCUCGAACUCGAAUAGUUCCAUAAAAGUUCGAUUUUUUAACGGCCCUAGCUUUAAUGGAAUCAUCCCGUACUAGAGUUGGUGCAGGGAGGAAGUCAUAGAUAAGCAAAGGGGGAAUUUGAUUUUGCACCCUACUUUUUGGGUGAUAUUGGACUUUGCAUUCCAUUUUGAAAAAAACUUUGAUUCUGGACCCCAUUCCACUUAAAAUUUAUUUAACUUUGCAUCCCAUUUAGAAAUUUUUCUUCACAAAAUGGUAUGUGUUGGGGUGAAAAGUCAAAGUUUUUUGAAAAUGAAAUGCAAAAUCCAAUGUUACAAAAAAGUGGGGUAUCUGGUCAUUUCAGUCGUUUCAUCGCCCUUCGACCUCGAACUAACGAGCAUGGCGAUGCCAUACGCGAUGCACAUUCUACUGCUCGUAUCAACUCUCUUUCUCUCAUCCCAGUCGAUCAGCGACACUAAUCACGUAUACUCGCCUUGUUCUGAUGCAAAGGUACAGAGGUCCGACGGGUUCACCUUCGGAGUUGCAUUUGCCCCCAGAAACGCCACCUUCGCCAUCAACAACAGAAACGCCGUUCAGCUCUCCCCCUGCGAUACUCGCCUUUCUCUCGCCGGAAACGCCCAGAUCGCUGUUUUCCGACCCAAAGUUGACGAGAUCUCGCUCCUCACAAUCAACACCUCGAACUUCUUUCCGGAUACCUAUGGUGGGUAUAUGGUGGCAUUUGCUGGUCGGAAAUACGCUGCUAGGUCUAUCCCUGCUUUUGUUGCAAAUGGUACCUACAUUGUGACAAGCUUUACAUUGGUAAGGAGUACAUAAUGCAUCUUCAAAGUAGCUAUGGCCUUUUUGGUAAGGGUUAUUGGCUGAAAUUUCCUGAAAAAUAUUAUGAAAGAGAUAAGUGAUUGUUAACAUCCAUUUUAGCCAAAGUUACUUGUUUUGCUGUUAAGUAGAAUAAAUAGAAUAAGCCGAUUAUGACUACCCAACGAAGCCAUAAUGUCUGUUUAACAGCUAAAGCAAUGACAUUUUGUGAGAGCCAGGUUCUUGAAUUCAAAAAGGGCAGGCUGCAAAACCUUUACUGGAAGAGGGACGGUUGUGCAUCAUGCACACAUGCCUCAUCAAACUUUGCAUGCCUCAAUGGUCAAGAUUGUGCUAUGAAGGUCAAUGCAUGCAAAAACAGAGGUGGCAAUGUGGACUGUAGCCUUGGGAUACAAGUUGCAUUUUCUGGGACUGAUGAGCACAAUUCAGUUUUCAACUCAUGGUACGAAGUGAAGAACCUUCGCCAGUACUCACUCUAUAGCGUGUAUUCCAAUCUGAGAGAUUCUCUCACCAGUCAAUACAACAAAUUAUUUUGAUUUGGUGCCUUGUAUAUUUAUGCUUUUCUUUGCCUUGUUUCUUUGUUCUGUUCAAAUUUGAAUACAUCAUCCCUGUGUGUGCUGAUGAUGAUGGACGUUUGGAUGGCCUUUGGAAGUGUACUACUACGGACCACUGUAAAUGCCUUUGACGCGUACUAUAGGAGGGUCUAAAAUACACUCCAUCCAUUUGCGAAAAUUUAUUUCCUUUUAAUUUUACCCUUUGGCUUUCAUCAUU